UUAAAGAUGCUACUUCAGGUAAAGAUGAUGAGUUUGGUAAAGUCAGAUUUGACUUGUGUAUAAAUACUUGUGAACCAGUUUCCUCUUUCGUUCAAUCCAAAGAGCAUUCUAAAAGUUGAUAAAGAGAGCGACGUCAAUGGCCGAAAAGCAGAGGGUCUGUGUUACUGGUUCAGGAGGAUAUAUUGCUUCCUGGCUCGUCAAGCCUCUUCUCUCCCGUGGCUACACUGUCCAUGGAACCGUUCGAGAUCCUUAUGAUGAAAAGAACGAUCAUUUGAAGAAAUUGGAUAAUGCUGCAAAGAAUCUGAAACUUUUCAAGGCAGAUUUGUUUGAUUACGAAGGCCUUUCUUCAGCCAUUUCUGGUUGCUCUGGCGUUUUCCAUAUUGCUUGUCCUGUGCCUUAUGAAGGAGUUCCUCUUACAGAAGAAGAACUGGUGAAACCGGCUCUCACUGGCACCAAAAACGUUCUAGAAGCAUGCACAGAAGCUAAAGUGAAGAAAGUUGUGGUUGUAUCAUCAAUUUCUGCAGUUGUUUACAACCCAAAAUGGCCUAAAGAUGUUGCUAUGGACGAGGAAUCUUGGUCAGAUACUCAAUUACUUCACUCACUUGAGGGUUAUUGGCCUUAUUACUUUCUUGCCAAAACAUUAAUGGAACGUGAAGCUAUAGAGUGGAGCAAGAAAAGCUUAGCUGAUGUUGUUACGGUCUUGCCCUCUGUCACGGUAGGCCCUAGGCUCCAAUCAACGCUUAACUCUAGUAGCUUGGGGCUUCUCAAUUUUAUAAAAGGAGGUACAAAGUCCUUGUUGAGCGACCAACUGUAUCUUGUGGAUGUGCGCGAUGUGGCGGACGCGCUUUUGUUGGUGUAUGAAAAUCCAGGAGCAAAAGGAAGAUAUAUAUGUAAUUCUCAUUCACUUUACAACACUUCUCUUGUGGAGAAGCUGAAGAAUAUGUAUCCUAACCGCAACUUUCCUGAAAGUUUCACUGAGUUAAAAGAGAAGGGGGAGAAUGGAGAGAUGCUUCGGCUAAGUUCAGAGAAGUUACAGAAUUUGGGGUGGAAGAUUAGGCCAUUAGAGGAAACCAUUAAUGAUUCUGUUGUGAGCUUCGAAGUUGCUGGUGAUCUUCCAAAGCCAUAGCUAUUAGCUAACGCACGAUGAACGAAGAGAGGCUUCUUCAGUUGUUAUUAUUACUUUUGAAACAAAAUGAUCCCAUGAAAUGAAAAUGGUCUUUUGAGAAAUGAAAAAGUAUUUGUUUUUAGUGAAUUUAAAUUCACUAGCCUGUGAAAUGUUAUUCCAUGUUACGGGUAUAGUCUCACUUUUAUUUACUUUUUUUUGUGAGGUGCUGUGUACUCUUUAGCCGGUGUUGUAAUCCUCGUAUGAGGUGGUUGUAACUUGUAAACUCCUUUAAUGGAUUAAUUCUCUAAUAAAGUAAC